AUGGAAGCAAAAUUGGUUGCGCAGUGCAAGACUCCAACCCUAAUUUCACCUCAUUGGAAACCAAAAAGCCCUUGUGUAGUUGCAGUGCUGGCAAGGCCUGCUGCUGACGUUUCAGGACAAACAAGAAAAACUAAUGUGUACAAAGAUUCUUUUUUUGAUCACAUAGCCAUAAAUCACAUGUCAAAAUGCCUUCAAGAGGCAACAGGACUCAAAAACAGUAAGAGUGGGUAUGAGAGCCUAGUAGAAGCAGCUACCAUGGCUUCACAGAAUUUUAGUCCCACUCAACAACCUCAACUUGUCACUCAAGCACUUCAUAGAGCCUUCCCCAACCCAUUGUUUUUAUUGAUAAAGAAAGUGUUACCACCGUCUAAAUUCACGAGGACAUUGUUUGCCAUCUUCACCACUUUGUUCUUUGCAUGGCUAGUGGGCCCCUCCGAGGUGAGAGAAUCGGACAUGGACGAGGGGAGAAGAGAAAAAAAUGUAGUUCACAUAAAAAAGUGCAGAUUUUUAGAGGAGGCAAAUUGUGUAGGGAUGUGUAUCAAUCUUUGCAAACUACCAACUCAAUCAUUCAUUAAGGAUUCUCUGGGUAUGUCAGUCAACAUGGUCCCUAAUUUUGAUGACAUGAGUUGCGAGAUGAUAUUUGGCCAGGAACCACCAGAAUCAACAGAUGAUCCUGCACUCAAGCAACCCUGCUAUAAACUAUGCAAGGCGAAAAAAAACCAUGGAACGAAUUGCCUCGUUAAUGCAGCAGGUGAGAAACGGCAGUAG